AUGUCCUCUCCUUCGCCCACUCUACAGGCCAAGAACGAUGCGGUCGUUGAGAAGGACGCCGCCGACCCGUUCCAGGUCGUGCUCGAUGAAAAUGACGACCCUCAGCAGCGAUCUAACGCGCGCAAGUGGCUGACCGUCCUGCUGAUCAGUAGCACUUCGCUAUGCGCGACGUGCGCGUCAUCCAUGGCCUCCUUCGCCGAACAGGGCACCAUGGAGGAAUUCCACGCGUCGCGUACCGUCGCCAUCCUCUCGAUCAGUCUCUUCGUCGAGGGCCUCGGCUGGGGUCCCCUGCUAGUCGGUCCCCUCUCCGAGGUCUACGGAAGGAACAUCAUAUACCGUGUCUCCGUCGGCCUCUUCUUCAUCUUCUCCUUCCCCGUCGCCUUCGCCCCCAACAUGCCCGUGUUCCUCGUCUUCCGCUUCAUAACGGGCUUCUGCGGCUCUGCAUUCCUCAGCGUCGCUGGCGGGAGUGUCAGCGACUUGUUUCCCAGUAACAAAGUCGGAAACCCGAUGGCGGUGUACACCCUCAGUCCCUUCUUUGGUCCUAUCGUGGGACCUCUGGUUUCUGGUUUCAUCAACCAACAUGCUAACUGGCGAUGGACUUUCCGCGUACUAAUAAUAUGGAUCUUUUGCCAAUGGGUGGCGCUGAUUCUGUUCGUCCCAGAGACGUACGCCCCUGUUAUACUGAAGAAAAAGGCAGCACGCCUACGGAAAACCACUGGCGAUGACCGUUAUUGGGCACCUCUUGACCGCACGCACAAGAGCCUCGCACACUCCAUCGCUGUGAGUUGCUACAAGCCUUUCCAGCUCUUGCUAUUCGACAGAAUGGCGCUCUUGCUGGACAUAUGGACUGCGCUGCUACUAGGCAUCCUUUACCUCGCCUUCCAGGCGUUCCCGAUCAUCUUCCAGCAGGUCCACGGCUUCGACAUGCAAAUGACUGGCCUCACCUUCCUCGGCAUUGGUGUCGGACAGAUCCUCGCCUUCAUGACCCAGCCCUACUGGAAUCGCCGCUUCCGCAAGGACCGCGAAGCCUACGACGGCCACCCCCCGCCCGAGACCCGCCUCUUCCAGGGCGAGAUCGGCGCCAUCCUCGUCCCCAUCGGCCUCUUCUGGCUCGCCUUCACCACCUACCCCUCCGUGCACUGGAUCGUGCCCAUCAUUGCCUCGGCGCCCUUCGGCAUGGGCAUCUACAGUAACGCUAGCAUGAAACGACUUGACAUGGUCAAUGAUUUUUAUAAAUCAUCCACUAUCCUCGCGGUGAUUGACUUGGCCGCGUCACUGUCCGUUAUGCAAGCUUGA